GAAAGUCUCUUCACAUCCUGAUAGCAAUCAUUAAGUUAAGUUGUCUAAAUGUAUUUAUCUGUAUUUAUAUAUUCUGUGGAAGGUGUAGGACCAAGAAAUGUUUGUCCAAUUAAAGUUUUAACUGUCUUUCCUACCUGCCUGUCAACGUAUGUAUAAUUUGCAUACCUCUGCACACCCUGUUCGCGCAGACAGGAUACUUCAUCCGCGCGUUCACUCACGCUGUGCAGACAGAGCGAGAAUGAAUGGCUUCUUUUGUGAGCAACAGAAGAAAGAAACUGAUACUGGUUUGGAACAGCAUGAGGUGUUGGUAGCUGACCUGCCUUUUAUGAAUCGCCAAGGACCACGGUUUCAGCUAAAAAUCUUCUUAACUGUUUUACUGAAGAAAAAGUCACUUACAUCUUGGAUGGCCUGAGUAGGUGAACCGCUGAUGCGUACUCAACAAACAGACCAAAGGCCGUUUCAUACCUCAUGGAGAGAAGAGUACCGAAACAACAAAACUAGCAAAAAUACAUGACAUGAAAGUUUUACAUCUGGUCGCUGCAGACAAGUGGCCAAAGAUGAACUGAGUCAACGACUGCAGUACAAAACUGACUGUUGUGCAGUGACAUUUUUAUGUGAUCAACUCUUUAUACUGAGAAGAAAUGGCUGAUUUUCCUGGGAAGGUCAACACUCAGACCAGCUCUAGUGAACCUCAGAGAAGUUAUGGUAUCCCAGCAAUGGUAGACAUGGACUUCAUCAGGAGUAUUCCUGGUAUCCUACUUAUAGCUGAGAUUUUUGUUGGAUUACUGGUGUGGUCGCUGAUCGCCAGUACCAACUACACCUCGAAUCCUGCUUAUGGUUGGGUGAUGUUUGUCAGCGUGACACUGUGGCUUCUGAGCAUUGCCCUGUUUGUAGUGCUGAUGUUGAGGUUUUAUCAGAGUCUACCCUCAGUGCCCUGGCCUUUAGUGCUCAUGGUGUUCUAUGUAGUCGCAGCUGUUCUAUAUGUAACUGCCUUUUUGGCUGAUGCAGUAUCUGUCCCAUCCUAUAGGCUUUCCUGGCAUGCUCAUCUGGGAGCUUCUGCAUUCUUUGCCAUAGUGGUGACUCUGUUAUACGGAGCUAGCAGCUACUUUGCCUAUUUGGACUGGAGGGGUGAAGGGCAAAAUGCAGCGGCGAGUACAGUGCCUGUGUAGACCAUCCUCUGUUUAACAUUCUCAGUCACUGUGUGAGGACACUUCGAAGGGGAUAUUACUCAGAUUCUUCAGGAACAUCCGACAACCCUUCUGUAUAACGGUGCUCAGCAUAAUUGCUUUAUGGUUUAUAACAUGGACAUUGUGUGUAUGCUUCUGUGCAGCAGGCGUGGGUCAGUAAGAUUUUUUUUAAAAAGGAAUUAAUUAUUUUACUCCGCAAGGAUGCAUUGAAUUGAUCAAAAGUGACAGUAAAUACAUUUAUAAUCUUAAAAAAGAUUUAUUUUAAAAAAUGCUGGGAUGGGAUCGGGAAAGGUCCGCAAGCCGGGACUCGAACUUUUUAUUUUUUAUUGUAUGUUUAUGGUGGCCAGGAGAGCUCAACUCGCUGCAACUUCAGAAAACAUGCAAAUAGAAAAGGCACCAGCAAAUUAAGAAAACAUCUUCAUCAUCAGUUUGACAGCACGUGCUGCAAAUGCUCACAACACAAAACAAAUAAAGAAACGCGCAAGUAGCACAGACCGCAAUUAAAUUACACCAACAAAACGAAAAUUAACCAUUAAUUUUUUUUUGGGAAUAUGGAUUACAAUUUUAUAAUCAGUUGUACAAAUACCAUGGUUAAACUGUGGUUAGUGUAGUAAAUGCAUACUUAAUUUGUGCAUGGUUACCAUGGUUUAACUAGUGUAACCAUUUUUCUUUUUAUGUAAUAAAUGUAUUAAUUAAUUAACUUUAAUAGAAGAACCAUAGGCUAUGGUUUUUUGAAAGGAAAGUUGUAAAAGUAAGCUUACAUAACAUUUUACAAUCACAGUAAUUGUGUAUUUCGUCAGCUUAUUUGGGCUAAUAAUAUUUAUAUUUAUAUAGCUAGGAAAUCAUGAUCAGGAUGUUAAAAUAACAAAAAUCUCACCUUUCAGAGCAAACAUUGAUAAACAUGUCCCAGCCAUGUUUGUCACUUCACUGUUCCUUUAAACAUUUCCGAGCUGGCCAAUUUGCAGCAUGUUUCUUUGUGUUGUGAGCAUUUGCAGCGCAUGUGUUGUCAAAUUGAUGAAGAUGUUUUUUAUUUUGCAUGUAUUUUUAAUUUGCAGUCAGUUGAGCUCACUUGGCCACCUUAUAUAUUUGAUCAAAUAAAUGCAGCCUGAGUAAGCAUUAAGAGAUUAAAAAAAAAAAAAAAUCUUACCAGCCCCAGCUUUUAGUGUACUAUUUUUCUAAGACACACUGAAUGACUUGAGCAAAUAUGUAUUUGAGUG